AUGCUGCCGCGGGGGCGCCCUGGCACGGAGCUCCCCGCGCCAUUGCCAUCCGGGCCGCAGCCGCCGGCUCCGGGGGGCGCCCUGGACGGCGCGGAGGGGGCGGCGGCGCCGGGGCCCGCGCAGGUGCUCACCGCCGGCCUCCUGACGCUGCUCGUCGUGUGGACGCUGCUGGGCAACGCGCUGGUGUGCGCUGCCGUCGUGCGCAGCCGCCACCUGCGCGCCAGGAUGACCCACGUGUUCAUCGUGUCCCUGGCCGUGUCCGACCUGCUCGUGGCCCUGCUGGUGAUGCCCUGGAAGGCCGUGGCCGAGGUGGCCGGCCGCUGGCCCUUCGGGGCCUUCUGCGACGUGUGGGUGGCCUUCGACAUCAUGUGCUCCACCGCCUCCAUCCUCAACCUGUGCGUCAUCAGCAUGGACCGCUACUGGGCCAUCGCCAGCCCCUUCCGCUACCAGCGCAGGAUGACGCGGCGCGUGGCCCUGGUCAUGGUGGGCCUGGCCUGGACCCUGUCCGUCCUCAUCUCCUUCAUCCCGGUCCAGCUGCACUGGCACCGGGACCAGGCGGGCUCGCGGGGCGCCCCAGACCCAGCCAACGGGACGUCCUGGGGGGACACGGGGGACCCGGAGGCGCGGGAGGAGAACUGUGACUCCAGCCUGAACCGCACGUACGCCAUCGCCUCCUCGCUCAUCAGCUUCUACAUCCCCGUGGCCAUCAUGGUCGUGACCUACGUGCGCAUCUACCGCAUCGCGCACGCGCAGAUCCGCCGGAUCGCCUGCCUGGAGCGGGCGGGGCAGCGCGCGCAGCGGGGCGGGGGCGCGGCGGACGGGGCGCCCGUGCCCGGCCUGCGGGCGUCCAUCCAGAAGGAGACCAAGGUGCUGAAGACGCUGUCGGUGAUCAUGGGGGUGUUCGUGUGCUGCUGGCUACCCUUCUUCCUGCUCAACUGCAUGGCGCCCUUCUGCAGCCGCCGCCCCGAUGGCACAGGCUCAGGCUUCCCCUGCGUCAGCGACACCACCUUCGACAUCUUCGUCUGGUUCGGCUGGGCCAACUCCGCCCUCAACCCCAUCAUCUACGCCUUCAACGCGGACUUCCGCAGGGUGUUCGCCCAGCUGCUGGGGUGCGGCCGCCUCUGCGCCCCGCGCCCCCGGGUGGCCACGGUGACCGGCAGCAAUGAGCUCCUCUCCUGCGACCAGGACACCGUCUUCUCCGGGGAGGUCGCUGCUGCCGCCUACAGCCACGUGGUCCCCGACGAGGGGACCCCCGGCCACAGAGAGGGGGACAAGGAGGAGGGGGAGGAGGGCCCUCUGAACCUCAUGUGCCGGAUCUCUCAGGCUCAGGCGUCCCUAGAAGGUGACCCUGCCGCCCAGUCUGUCUGGGAGCUGGACUGUGAGGGGGACACUUCUUUAGGCAAAACAACGCCUUUCACCUCAAGUGGGUUCCAUUAG